CCUCAACAGCCGCAGGAGAAAUGCCCCUCCCGCGCACCUUUUUCGACUUUACAGUCGGCGACAAGCCGCUGGGGCGUGUAGUGUUCGAGCUCUUCACCGAUGUCGUGCCCAAGACAGCUGAGAACUUCCGUGCCCUCUCGACUGGCGAGAAGGGCCAGAGCGCGUCCGGCGCCACGCUCAGCUACAAGGGCAGCCCUGUCCACCGUGUCAUUGACGGCUUCAUGAUCCAAGGCGGCGACUUUACCAAGCGUAACGGAUCGGGCGGGGAGAGCAUCUACGGCGGCAUGUUCAAGGACGAGCGGCUGUCGGGCGACGGCACCGAGGUGGACCGGGAGGGUCUCCUUGUCAUGGCGAACCGCGGGCCAGACACCAACGGCUCACAGUGGUUCAUCACGCUGGCGGCUGCGCCGCACCUGACAGGCAAGCACGUUGUCUUCGGCCGCGUCGUAUCGGGCAUGGAGCACAUCCGCGCGAUCGGCAAGCUCGAGACGGACGGGCGCGACAGGCCGCACUCACCCGUCAUCGUCUCGCACGCAGGCGAGCUCGAGCUGCGCAAGCCUGCAGUAACGAGGCCUCGCACGCCGAGCGUGUCCUCUGACUCGGAGGACGAGGAGGAGCGUCGGCGGCGCAAGGAACGCAGGGAGCGCAAGGAGCGCGAGCGCGAAGAGCGGCGCGAGGAGAGGCGUAAGCGGAAAGAGAAGGACGGGCGGGAUCGAGACCGCUCGCGCUCCCCCCAGCGGCGUCGGGACUCGCGCUCGCCGCGCAAGGAGACGCUGGACGAGCUCGAUGCGCGCCUCGAGCGCGAGGAGAAGGAGCGCCUCGAGGCCGCGAGACGCGACAAGCUGUCCGAGAUCAAGACGCAGAUCGCGACCGAGCGGGCGGCGGUGCGCGAGUCUGGCGGGGUAGUGUACAAGGGCCGCGGCGCGAUGCGAUACCGCGACCCCGAGUCUGGCGGGCGGUCAAACGACGCCUGGCGGACCGUCGACAGCCGCGCGCCGCCUCGCCGCCGAAGGCUGAGCGGGGACAGGUGGGAGCGCGGCGCGGACGCCAGGCCGCAGUUUGAGCGCUCUAGUCGCGCCGACAUGGACCGGUGGGACCGGGGCGGGGAGCGCGAAGCGCGCGAGAGGAGGGAGGCGGGCGGAGGAGGCCUCGGGAGCCGGAUUGGCGGGCGUGCCGGCGCCGACGACGCCGAGGCCGAGCGUGACCGUGAGCGUGAACGUGAUGACCCCGCGCGUGCGGCGCGUGCUGGCGCGUGGCGGAGCUCUGCCAGGAGGGACGAUUCACCCCGCCGCGAGUCCCCGCCCCCGCGCGACGAUGAUGACGACGACGACCGCCGUCGCUUGAGCCCUGGUCCCCGCGCGCCGUCGCCCACUGGCAGCGAUAUGCAGAUGGACGGCGACGAGUAG